CUUCAGCUUCGGGGGACACCCUGCUUCCUGCAAGGAGGCACCCGCCGCCCAAUAGCGUGAGGCUCCCUCUGCGUAGCAUCGGAGCUCCCAUCCUGCUGAAAGUGUGUUGUGAGAAAGAGCAGAACGCUGCCAGGAGCUCAAAUUUGCGCUUCAGCACAAUCAGCACUGUGGAGCCUAUGCCGCCUCCCCUUCCUGGAGCUGAAUGGCAGAUGCAGCCCGAACGUUCAUUAAUUGAGAGGCUUCCGUCCCCUGACGCCCCUGGAUCUUGGACAGAAAAAAUCCCGGUCGGAUAUUUAGGAUGAGGAUACCCAGGCCCUCCGAACUUUUAACGCGCAGUCACGGAGUCAAAUGUAAGAAUUGCCUAGGAUGGAGAAGAAAGAGAUCGAUCGUGGUCUGGCUGCGGGUUUCCAGCGGAGAUGCUGCGAAGGGCACGCCUGCCCCGGAGCCGCUCCGUGCGUCUCUGCGGCACCCCGCCGCCUGCCGGCCCCCUUUUCCCAAUUUGUCCUCGGGCCGCAGUCGUCUGCGACUGAAUAAUUCCCUGCACUUGUGAGUGAACCCACACAAGUUCCCCAGGCACGGUCCUCCUACCUCUUUCCCCCAGGGAAGGGUGGGAGCAGUUUUUCCAACCGUAACCUUCCAACCACCUGGGGGAAGGUGACUGUUUUGGGAGGCCGAGGGAUUGUUUUACUGGGUCCAAGGCAGCAGAAUUAGCUGCCGAUGCUAAAGUGGUUCGUUUUCUUCCUUUGCUUUUUGACAAACGGUGGGCGGACCGAUGCCCGGGCGCGACCCCGGAGCUCACUUCGCUGCCGGACGCUGAGUUUCAGACUGCAGCCUUGCUCUGCGUACACCCAGGCCCCUUUGCCGCUCAUCGAGUGUGCGGACGGAUGAAUGCUGACAGGCAUCCUUUGAGCUUUGGUUAAAGCCCCAGCGUGCUCACCUUUGCAUCUCCUGGUUUUCUGCUAUCGCCGCUGCCUCCUCCUCCUUCUCUCCCCCUCCCCUCCCCCCUACUCUUCCCCCAUCCUCACCCUAUCAUCAGCACCACCACCAAAAGACGCGUCCCUUUGGCAGAGUCGAAGCUCCCCGCCGAAACGAAGAGGGAGGGAGACACCCAUCCCCCAUCUCCCAUCUCUGCCUAGGCUCCGGGUUUUACUGCAGCAAUCGGAGGUGACAGCGCCACCUCGGUCUCGGUAGCUCUCCGAGCCCCGGCUCCCUCCACCCCCCCUCCCCCUGUAUCGGGGAGGAAAGCGCCCCCUCCUGAGAGGCUAAUCUCCGGAGAAGUGCGAAGGAGCUACAGAAAAGCGAAUUUUAAAAAUGUAGAAGUCACUGGGCUGCAUUCCUCGGAGGACAGCCCAAUCCCCCAGGACUGAGUGUCAGCGCAUAGGAAGUUGGGACCUUAGAGCGAAGGGGGAGGGGAGUGGUGCAACCCCGCAUUCUCUUCUGGAAGGAGUCUUUGCAAGCCCUGCGGUUGGACACAAGUUUGCGUAAGAGUGUUUUCCUUUUGUCAAUUAUUAAUCACCGGAAUCAGUUUGGCAGAACUGGAGUUUUAGCAGUAGUGCAGAGGGCGGGGCCCGAACACCUAACUCUUGGGGCCUCCCCUGCGCCCGGCGCAGUGGCAAGCUAACAGCAGCUGGGGAGAAGCCAGAGCAUCCAAGCUCACACAAAGGCAGGAGUCACAGAUGAAGAGAUAAAGGCCAGAGAAGAGAAGCCACCUGCACCAGAUCACGCAGAAAAGAAACGCACCGGCACUCCAGCCUGGACCCCUGCUCAGGAAGACUUCCCACAGUUUGAGGAGGAAUCAUGGAUUUCAAGAGCGUGAAGGAGUAUUUAGCCUGGCUCUACUAUCAAUACCAAAUCAUCAGCUGCUGCGCCGUCCUGGAGCCCUGGGAACAGUCUAUGUUCAACACCAUCUUACUCACCAUUGUUGCCAUGGUCGUCUACACCGCCUAUGUCUUCAUCCCCAUCCACAUCCGCCUGGCCUGGGAAUUUUUCUCCAAAAUAUGCGGAUAUCACAGUUCAAUUUCUAACUGAUCUCUCUGGAAUCCUGAGAAAGGGCAUGACGGGUUCGCGUGGCUUACAGCUUGUCGACCUAGGGGACUGCGGCAUCUUUCACCUCUGACCUGACCAGCGCCCUCUCUAUGCACCCGCGUCCUGCCUGGAGUCUGAGCUAGGUGUCCUCCCAGUCGCUUUGGUCCAUGCAGCAUGGUGUGUGUCCGAUGAUAGGAAACGCAAUGACUUCACCCCGUACCCCACAUGCGCUCGACUCAACUCCGUGGCGUUAGAUUUCUGUUGGAGAUCAGGAUGCUUUCAAAUACAACUUUCCCGGGAAAUAGGCUUGUAAGAAACCCGACAGAGUCGUAUUUAAAACACUCUCUUCAUAUUAUUCUAUACUAAGGGAUGCGUUACAGAAAGUAUUCUUCAUAGGCGACUGUCAAAAGUACCUGCUCUUGUUUACAAUCUAUUAAAGAUGUGAAUUUAAAAAAACCCAAACCUUUAAAGUCUUAUUUUCUGGUAAAUAGCCAAUACCCCAAAUUAUUUUUUUCUUCUUUUUAAAAUUUUCUUUAUAUUGGUUUUGCCUAAAAUUCUUUUACUUCAAAUGCAAAAAAAUAGGCCAGGGACCAUUAUUUUCUUUUAGGUAUGGUUCAGGCAUUGUUUCAAAUGCCUCUGAAAUCUGACUUUAUCAUAGCUUUAAAUGAACUAUGAUUAUUAACUAAACAAGUAAAUAUUGUACUAGAGA